GACAACACAGGCUGAGAGGAAUGAUACGGCGUGCUUUGCGGCGGACCACCUUUGUCCGACUGUCUUCAGAGGCCGCCACCUCAACAUGUCCUGAACGGAAUUACCCCCCUGUUGACCUCUUCCAUCCGCCUUACGCGCCUGCUCUAUGGGACCAGAAGCAUCAGCAGAAUCAUCGCAGGCAACAAAGCCGUGCAUUCUCAGACCUAGGAAAAGGCAUAGACGUGCUGGCAGUGGGGAACGAGGAGGAAGCGGGGAGGGAGAGGACUUUUUUACUCGGCUACGAUGGUCAGGGGUUCGAGGUACGGGAUGUCAAUUAUAGGGGAUCCAUCCUCGCAUUGCCCACAGCAUGUUUUCUGUGGAAGCCGAAAAAGAUUGAAGAAAUUACACCCGAGUCGUUGGCGCCACUCUUGAUUGUGAAGCCAGCAAUCGAAAUCCUCAUUAUUGGCACUGGGGAGGAGGUUGUCGGUCGCGCGUUGGCUCUCACGACUUUGAAAUUUCUAGCCGCAAACGGUGUGGCUGUUGAGCACAUGGAUACGACUUCGGCAUGUUCGACCUUCAACAUACUCAAUCAGGAAGAUCGGCGUGUCGCGGCUGCUUUGCUGGCCGUAGAUGCGGCCGCAGAAGAAAGUGAAUCCUAGCACACGCACCUUCUGGGUGCAGACAUUCCAUGCGGCCAUUACUCCUCCGUCAGUAUCACAUUUACGUGGCAGUUGUGUCACAAAAAAGAUGAAAUUGAAAUCAACACCGACAUGUGUGACAAGCAUGAUAAGCAAGCGGUCCGCGUCCGUUCGACAGCAAUUGUAAUAGUUGCACGGCAUGUAAAUUAUUAGAUUAUGGACUUCUCGGAGAAGAUGAGAAGCUGUGAACUUGCAAAGGCUCCAGCAUAGUACAAACAAGAUUUGUCCAUUUUUUUAUAAGAUAAAUUCCACUUAUUACAGCGCAUGAGGAUCCUGGCGCCACGAUCAGUAAUCUUGGAUAUUCACUUAUCCGGCGAGUGCUUAGUUGAGCACUAUGUGCUGUUUGUCAUCGAUCUUCUUAG